AUGGCCUCGCUGGCCUCCAACCCCAAGCUGCAGCUGGCAGCCACCGCGGCCGUGUCCGCCGUCCUCACAGCCGCCGCCGUCCUCAGCUACCAGCACCUGCAGCGAGACGACCGCGUCUCCCGCCUGAAGCAGUCCAUCCCCCAACCCAACGAUGCCGAGCCUUCCCUGCCACAGGUAACCCGCAUCGGCCCGCUGCCCCACAUGGACCGCGAAGACGAGCACAACCUGGCGCUGGCGCAGCGCGCCCAGCAGGGCGACUUCGACGACGAGCUGGUGCUCGAGCAGCUGGCGCGCACGCGCGCGUUCCUGGGCAGCGACGAGGCGCUGGGCGCGCUGCGCCGCGCCUUCGUCGUCGUCGUCGGCUGCGGCGGCGUCGGCUCGCACGCGUGCGCCGCGCUCGCCCGCUCCGGCGUCGCCCGCCUGCGCCUCGUCGACUUCGACCAGGUCACGCUGAGCAGCCUGAACCGGCACGCCGUCGCCACCCUGGCCGACGUCGGCAUGCCCAAGGUGCAGUGCCUGCAGCGCCGGCUGGUGGCCGUCGCGCCGUGGGUGCGGUUUGACCUGCGGCUGCAGAAGUUUGAGGCGAGAGUGGCUGGGGAGCUGUUGCAGGGGUGGGACGGGGACGAAGGGAGCAGGCCGGAUUUUGUGAUCGAUGCGAUUGAUAAUAUCGACAGCAAGGUCGAGCUGCUCAAGUAUUGUCAUGACCGGGGGCUGCCGGUGAUCUCGGCCAUGGGGGCGGGCACCAAGAGCGACCCGACCAGGGUGAUGGUGGCUGACAUUGGGGCGAGCGUGGAGGACGGGCUGUCGCGGGCGACGAGGCGGCGGUUGAAGCUGCUGGGCGUCACCAGUGGGAUUCCCGUCGUGUACUCGACCGAGAAGAUGGGCGAGGGCAAGGCCGCGCUGCUGCCGCUGCCCGAGGAGGAGUUCCAGAAGGGGUCGGUCGGCGAUCUGGGCGUGCUGCCGGACUUCCGAGUGCGGAUCCUGCCGGUUCUGGGGACCAUGCCGGCCGUUUUUGGAUACACACUAGCCAACCACGUUAUUCUUAAGAUAACAGGCUACCCGAUGGAUUACCAGCCGGCCAAGGCCCGAGAUAAGAUGUACGACGGUAUCCUGGCGUAUGUCCAGGCUAGCGAGGAGAAGAUUGUCCGCAUGGUCGAAGCCGGCCAGCCAGACGCCGCCAUCGGCCUCAAGGUGCCCAUCACGCCAGGGGACAUCGCCUUCCUGGUGGAGGAAGCAUUCCGCGGCCGAAGUGCCAUCACCGGCAUCCCGACCAAGCUAGUGCUGAUUCGGUGGAAGAAGCCGCAACAGACCACGCUGGUCCGCAUCGGGGAGGGCAAAGACGAGCAGAAGUCGUCCAACCUCCGGCUCCGCGACUUGGUCUGCAUGACCAAAGAAGAAGCCACGAGACAUCAGAAGGAGAUUCUCCAGGGCGACAAGGGCCACGAGGAUCUCUACAGCCGCGAGGUGAUCGAGGUGGUUGAAGCGCGGCAGAAGGAGGUCGAGGCCUACGAGCGGUAUAGAUGA